UCUAUUUUUAAUUAUUUGUUCACGUGCCAGUCGAUCAAAAUGGCCGCUACGACAUUGGAAAAUGCUGUAAACGACUUAGCUUUAUCAGAAGAAAUCGCAGAAAAUAAAGACGAGGAGAUUGUACAAGAAGGAGACACAACUGCGACCAAAAAAAAGAAGAAGAAGAAAAAGAAAAGGAAACCCACUAGUAAUGAAGUUAAUGGCGAGGAUAAUGGAGCAGACAUACCAGAAGGCACAACAGAAGGGCAUGUAGUCAAUGGUAUUGAAAAUGAGGAAGAAGGAAAAGAAACAAGUGAAGUAGCACAAACAACAAAUGAAAGCAAAAAGAAGAAGAAAAAGAAAAAGAAAUCUGGAAAUGCUAAUUUAACUCAAACAGAUCCACCUACUGUGGCAAUCAGUGAUUUGUUUCCUGAUGGAAAUUUUCCUCUGGGUGAAGUUGUAAAUUAUAAAGACGAUAAUUUGUGGCGUGUGACAAGUGAGGAAAAGAGAGCUUUAGAUCGGAUGCAUCUGGAUCUCUAUAAUGAAGUGAGACAAGCAGCUGAGGCUCAUCGACAGGUGAGAAAGUAUGUUCAAAGUUUCCUGACACCAGGAUUAACCAUGAUUGAUAUUUGUGAAAGACUUGAAACUGCAUCACGGAAAUUAAUCAAUGAGAAAGGAUUUGAAGCAGGUCUUGCGUUUCCAACAGGUUGUUCUAUCAACCAUUGUGCAGCACAUUAUACUCCAAAUGCUGGAGAUAAAACAGUUUUGCAGUAUGAUGAUGUCUGUAAAAUUGAUUUUGGAACUCAUAUUAAUGGAAGAAUCAUUGACUGUGCAUUUACUGUGGCUUUCAAUCCACAAUUUGAUCCACUAUUAAAUGCUGUAAGAGAGGCAACCAAUACAGGAAUUAGAGAAGCAGGGAUUGACGUCAGACUUUGUGAUAUUGGAGAAGCAAUUCAAGAAGUUAUGGAAUCGUACGAAGUGGAGAUAAAUGGUAAAACGUAUCCAGUCAAAGCAAUAAGGAACCUGAAUGGUCACUCAGUUGGGCAAUACAGAGUUCAUGGGGGAAAAACAGUGCCUAUAGUUAAGGGUGGAGAGGCGACAAAAAUGGAGGAAAAUGAGUUUUACGCCAUUGAGACAUUUGGUAGUACUGGUAAGGGAUACGUUCAUGAUGAUAUGGAGUGUUCUCACUAUAUGAAGAACUUUGAUGCUGGACAUAUACCUUUAAGAUUACCACGAGCAAAGCAGUUGCUUCAUGUUAUCAAUGAAAACUUCGGAACUUUAGCCUUUUGUAGAAGAUGGUUGGACCGUUUGGGACAGACUAAGUAUCUCAUGGCUUUAAGAAAUCUUUGUGACUCUGGACUUGUUGACCCUUAUCCACCGCUUUGUGAUGUCAAAGGAAGUUACACAGCUCAAUAUGAACAUACAUUAGUAUUGCGUCCAACAGUAAAAGAAGUUCUAAGUCGAGGUGACGAUUAUUAAUAAGGCCCACUGUAUACAUGUUGCGUGGAAGUAAUGCUGGGUUUAACAAACCAUGAAAUGGUAAAAUAUCCAAAGUAAAAAGUUAAAGAACUCGUGAACUUAUCUUCUCGGUGAAAUGAAGUGUAGCGUUUGAAAAGGGUUUGUAAGAGAAAGGUGUACUGUAUUUUGGGAGGAAUUAGAUUUUUAUUAAUUGACCAAAACGAAAAAAACGAAUCAGUCAUGUUUUUUUGAAAGGCAGCGAUCUGCCCAACCUCGUGCCCAGAGAACACCCUCGGCACGAGGUUGCGAUCUGCCAUCGUUUUCGUUUGGUCAAUUCUUGAAGUAUUUUGUUACAGCAUAGAUAUACGGUAAUAAAUUAUUUCUAUUUAAUAAUUAUCAAAUUUCUGUAUGGUAAAUAAUUGUUGAUAAAUAAAAAAACUAUCCU